GCUCGUCCGUCAAAGGCAGGCACGCAACACUAUAGACGCGAAGGGAAAGCGCGCACAUGCCACCUCCACAUUGUCGGCGUUGUCAAGCGCGGGUGCCGAGGGGUCGAAGGUUUGUUGAUUGGAGCAUCUGCGCGUGCUUCAACCCUGCGACGUGCCAGUGCCGCAUCUCUCGCCCACCAUUUCACGGGGAGUUGCGAUCUUCCGGACAAUAACAACAGCAUCACUUGCCCCGUCACCCAUCACACAGCAUGGCGGAAGAAGAGGACUUCGGCGCACUCUCAUUGCCAGAUCAAUUCGCGCACAAGAACUGGAAGGCACGGAAAGGCGGCUAUGAGACGGCAGCGAAAGAGUUCAGGACCGCGCAACCAGACGACGCGAUAGUGCGCGACUUCACAUUGGACAGCAAUUUGUGGAAAGGCGCGGUCAGCGACAGUAAUGUUGCGGCACAGCAAGAGGCGCUCAAUGCAUACAAUGCCUUUCUGGAUGCGGCAGGCGCGGACGGUGCGCGCAAGACACGCGGGGUGACUGUGCAAGGGGUGGUAGAGAAGGGUCUGACGGGACGGCCAGCAGCGAAAGCCAGCGCGUUAGAGAGCUUGAUGCUGUUGAUAGAGCUGGACAAGGCCGACCCCGUGGUUGAAGAGCUACUGCCCUUUUUCGCACACAAGCAACCCAAGAUCAUUGCGGCGACACUAUCAGCACUGACGAGCGUGUAUCACGCAUACGGUUGCAAGGUGGUUGAGCCGAAAUCGGUCAUCAAACAACUACCGAAAGUGUUUGGCCAUGCGGACAAGAACGUACGCGCAGAGGCGCAAAACCUGACGGUAGAGCUUUAUAGAUGGCUGCGGGAGGCCAUGAAGCCACUCUUCUGGGGCGAGCUGAAGGAGGUGCAGCAGAAGGAUCUCGACAAGCUGUUCGAGCCGGUCAAGGCUGAGCCUGCACCGAAGCAGGAGCGUCUAUUACGAUCUCAGCAAGCAGCACGCGAGCAGGCUGAGACAGCUGGAGCAGGAGACGGCGCAGAGGACGGCGGCGAAGGUGAGGACGGCGAUGGCGAAGCAAUCGACCUCGAGCCUGAGUACGAGGCGGUGGACGUUCUCGCCAAAGUGCCGAAAGAUUUCGGCGACCGGCUGGCAAGCUCGAAAUGGAAGGACCGAAAAGAGGCGCUCGACGAUCUGUACAACGCCGCGAACGUCCCUGCCAUACAGGAAGGACCAUUUGACGACAUACUGCGCGGCUGUGCGAAAAGCAUGAAGGAUGCCAACAUCGCCGUGGUAGCAGUGGCGGCAAAUUGCGUGGAAUGCAUAGCGAAAGGUCUGCGAAAGUCGUUUGUAAAGUACCGCGGCAUUGUGCUUGGCCCGAUGUUGGAGCGUUUCAAGGAGAAGAAGGCUACGGUUACUGAUGCCAUCGGCGCCGCCUGCGAUGCUGUCUUCGCUUCCACUGGAUUCGUUGAGAUACAGGGUGACGUGUUGGAGGCACUGCAGAGCAAGAACCCACAAGUCAAGGAGCAUACGGCCAAGUUUCUGAUCCGCAGCUUGAAGAGCUCUAGGGAGGCUCCGACGCUAGAACAGACGAAGGAGUUUGCGGAGGCGAGUAAGAAGCUGCUUACCGAGUCUGUUGCGACGAUACGAGAUGCGGGAGCGGAGGCACUGGGUGUACUAUGGAAGAUCAUGGGCGAUCGAAAUAUGCUCAACCAUCUUGAGGGUCUUGACGACAUUCGUAAGAACAAGAUCAAAGAGUUCUCGGACGCUGCAGAAGUCAAGGCGAAAUGGAAACCAAAGAGCGCAGCACCGCCACCCAAACCAACUGGAGGUGCGCCACCCUCUGCGAAGAAGCCAGCGUUGGGUACCAAGCGGGCACCACCCGCCGGCGUGAAGAAAGCGGCGCCCCCAAGAGCAGCAGCGAGCCCAACACCUCCAGAAGAGGCACCUUUACAGCCUAGACCCACAAGCCGACCUACAGCCAAGCCACCUGCCGGGUUACGGCCGCCUGGCACUGCAGGUCUUAGACCCGCAGGAUCUGGACUUCAGAAGCCCGGUUUGGGUCUAAAGCCGCCUUCCUCAGCUACCGCAUCACCCAAACGACAGAUCGUGGCAUUGGAUGACACGCCUGCCGCGGUCGCGAAGUCGGGCAUCACGGCGGCUGGCAGAGGGUUGGCAGGGAGACCGCUCGGCAAACCAGUCACUGCACCAUCCACACCGCCGCGGCAAGAGACCACCGCAGCGUCCUCAGCACUAAGUUCCAUCGAACGACAAGAGCUGUCCGACCUUCGAGCCGAAGUCGAGCUUCUGCGGAACCAAACUUCGGAUCUAAGGCAGGACAAGCUGCGCCUAACGUCACAGAUCGCGGAGCUCCAGAACCAGAAUGCCCAGCUUAUUGAGGACCACACGCGAGACGUGCUGCAGAUCAAGGCAAAGGAAACUCAACUUGUCCGCGCACGCUCUGAUGCGGAGAACGCAGAGGAGCGCGCCAACAGCCUGUCAAAAGAGAUGGACCGACUCAAGCGCGAGUUAAGCAGGCUGAACCGACCGCAUGCCGGCGCGGCUUCACCGCCUGUAGACCAACAACAAACCUCGCUGAAUGGGAUGAUGAACGGAGAUACAUCGCAUACGGGCGGUGGGAUGACAAGGCCUGUCUACGGCUCUAGCAGAUCGUAUAACGUGCCUUCUGCGCGAGCGUAUGGCGACAUCAUUCUCCCCAGCACACCACCGAUCAUAUCGAAUGGAGGCUCGGAAGAACGUACGAGCUUGGAUGGCGAGAGUGGGAUGAGUUCGAAGCCGGCGAUUGAUCGUAGUCAGAGUGAUGGUGUGGGUGGGGUGGAGAGUUGGCGGCGGGCGGCGGAAGUUACGCAGAACCUCAAGGCGAGGAUUGAGAUGAUGAAGGUAAGCUCGUUUUAA